GGUUGGUUAAUAUGCGAGGAGCCAACUUGCCAGAAUCGAACCCGUCGAGUUCCCCUGAGUUUUUCCAGGAGUGGCCCCGUGUGCCAGGCUUGCAGGAAGGCUGUUCUGAGACCUGAGUAUUCUGAUAAGGCCCUGUACACUCAGCUCUGCUUUUACCGAUACAUUUUUGAUGUGGACUAUGCAAUGGAUAAAGUGAUUACUGAGGAUGAAAAAGGGCACCUUAAGAAGCAAGUCAGGAAGGAAGUCUCUGAGGCCUACAAAAGACUGAAGAGCACCGUAGACAAAUGUCUGUCCAUGAGUAGCUACUCAGAAGUGAACCUCGGCAAACUCUUUACCAUCAGUAUGGGAAGAUCUGUGGGAGAGUCCAAUAAUGAGAGACAGUGA